AUGGCGGCGCUUUUGCCAGCUGCCCUGGCUGCUCCAUCCCUCCACGUGCGCCAGGACACCCAGGACGUUAACGUUGUUGUGCAAUACAUCAAGGCAACUUCUGAACAAGACAUCGCCGUAACAAACAAGGAUUUCUCUCAGGUCCUAGGAUAUAGCUGUUCGAACACACUCGACUCUGGCGCUUUUGCGGACGUCCCCAUCUCUGCCGAUCUUGAUUUCAACGGUGCCGGCAACCUCACAAUCGGCUCCGAAACGUAUAAAGUUCAUGAGAAUCCUGACAUAUCCGGAGGCAUAACUUGCUCAAGGAUGUACAACAAUGCUGAGUCUUUGAUGACUUGUGCCAUCUCUCUGCCGUCGUCGCUUGACUUGUCCCCUCUCAGCAAGAGAGAGAACGAUCAAAGCUGCUUCCUUGCUGGUGCUACUCCUAGCUUGCAACGUGCUGCACUCUCUAUGCUUGCCGGGAACACCGGCCCUGUGCAGAACCUCACCUCGCAGGAGGCACAUCAAAUGGAGAAACGGGUUGGCUCGCCUGGAUGCAAACCUCCCAUUACAGAGACUGUGGGAGAUGGAAACCCACACCAGAACUACUUUGACAAACAGCUUAGUCAAAAUAUCAAUUGUGGCGCUGCCCCAGGCUGCUCUAUUGGUCAAAGUAACAGUAUUUCCUAUACCCUUGGCUGGAACGCUGGCGCUAUCAUCGACGAAUGGAUCACUGGUGGUUUCGAUGUCUCUGUCAGUUGGACCACGGGCAACGUCCAAACAUGUGAUGGCAGCUCAGGGGAAACCGUCUGUCUCUGGUACAACACCGCGUUUACAGCUUAUACUGUUCAGAAUUACAAGGUCAACAAUUGUAACCAGAAUUUUUCACCCUCUGGUGACCCAACAAUCUUGUGGUCGCCGAAUACCAACAACGCUGGUGGUGGCGCCUACUACUGUGUUGUUGGCACCUGCCGCAGCCAGGGACAGGGUUAUUGGGACUACAACGGCCGUGCUGGUGGGCCUUAG